ACAGUGGAAAGUGAGCUGUGAGCAGUUGACGAAAAUUGAUCUGUCAAAUCUGGCACGUCAGUAGGCUGUGUGAUGAAGAAAUUUUGAGCAAGUCAGAGUAACGCUUGUAAGUGGUGCAGCCAACAUUACCAAGUAAACCAUUUUUACUUUAGCAAUAGGGAUUUUUGGUGACAACUCUUAUUCAGAACACCGAAUUCAAUAAUACAAACGUCGGCAAAAGUUCUUUACACUAUUAAACCAUCAAAUCCAAUGUGUCAGCUGUAAACCAAAAAUGCCACCAUUAGUUCGUCGCAACAUUUUUCGAUUCAACGUGCCAAACAUCAGUGCAUUGAACAUGUUUUAUUCACCGGAGUUCAUGGUACACGCUCCAUGGCAAAUUAAAAUUAAGAAAAAAACACAAAAUGGCCAACUGUGGCUUUUCGCCGUUUUGUGCUGCAGAUUCAAAGACAAAUCAUCGACUUGGUCGUACAAUGCACGCGCAUCAAUCAAGCUACUUCGUCAACAGGUCGAUCAUGAAGAGAAUUCAAUCGAAAAACAUACAACACCAACGAGUUUUGUACGUCAAAUGAAAAGAAAUCCAGGUGUUUACGUGAUUAGAUGGAGCGAUGUCUUUGACAUGACAAAAGGCUAUGUGGAAAAUGACACAAUUUGUCUGGAAAUCAAGAUCGAAGUGGCCGAUCCCAGCGAACACAUCAAAAGUGAUUUGGUGCUAGAAAAUACAUACAAAAGUUGUAAAGAUGGAUGCCAGACGAAAUUCCAGUUGACUGUCAGUAACAUCACUGGUUUGAUGACCAUUCAAUCGCCACCAUUCAAUCUGAGAAAUGCGCUAUGGUAUUUUUUGAUCUACAAAAAUCAUUCGAAGCACCUUUGUUUACGCUUGCAUCCCUGUGAUACAUUGUCGGAAUUUUCGUACGAAAUAACAAUGUCGAUUGAAUUGGUUUCAUCAUUCGCAAACGGAAAAUGUAUCAAACGAGUGGAAACAAAACAAAUGCAUCAUAAUACAGAGUUGAAAUUAGGAAAUCUCAUCUCAUGGGAUGAUUUGUGUGAAGCCAAAAAUGGUUUUGUCAACAACAACUGCAUUGUUAUAAAUGUUGAAAUCAAUACUGAGAAACCGAUUGAUGUGAUUUCAAAUACCAACACAAAGUACAAAGCAAUGAACUUAUCAAUUGAGGAGACAUGCUUCGAAUUGGAGUGCCCGACUUGCCUUGAAAUAUUCGAAGAGAAAGAACUUUCAUUUACACAUUAUCGUCACAUAUUUUGUUCUGACUGCUUGAAAAAUGCCAUGAGUCUCCUGUAAAGUCAAUGUUAUGUCAGCUGAACGGAUACGAGUGCAUUUGCCAUUUGAAAUCGGAAACAUCAGGAUAUUACAUUGAGGUCAACCAACAAUGACAUAUCUUAUUUAAUUUCAUCGAAUCACCAUAGUCACUUGCUUAAACUGUAGUCACAUUGCUGUUAUGAACUGAUUAAAACAAACAGUUCUUUAGAAAAUAUUUAUUGGUUGAAAUGGAACAAAAACUAGUUUAUUUAGAAAAUAUCGAUUGGAAUUUUGUUGAUACACAUUCCACAUAGCU